GUUGCGCUUGGUGUGAGUGUGAGCGAAGCGCAAUCCGAAUAACGAAUCGUCAAGUCAAGAAAGAGAGCAAACAUACGAAUGAAAAAAAAACUUGUAUUUUCAAUAUGUAUAUAUGUUGCAUUGUCGUCAAUAGUUGUGUACACACAAGCAGCAACAGCAAAUGAAGAGAGAAAAAACACAUCAAAUUCUAAUAUAUUUACUAAUAAAAAGUGUGCAUUCUCCUAUAAUGUGUAAUGUUCGUUUAGUGUGCGUGUGAGUACAAUUUACUUGCGACAUUUUUUUCGUUUCCACGAUAUUUUCGGGUUUUUCAAAUCCCAUAAAUCAUAUUGUGCUUGGCUAAAACAAGAACUUCAGUUUGAUUUGCAAUUUAUGCCGUGAUUUGUUUGAAAUUAAUUUUGAUAACGCCUUUAUUUGAAGUAGUUUAUUGAAAUCGAGUGGAACUUAAGCAGCGAAUGAAAAUGUGAAUUUAACUAAAAAUAUCGGUACUAUAUCGAAUAUUCAGUCAGAGAAUGAAAAUGAAUCGGUCGUACAAAGUGGCAACGAAUGGAUUUGUGACGAUAAUUUGCCAUUAGCAGAGAGAAAAACAAGUAUUUGUUGUGAGCGGAAUUACGGCUGAAUUAUUUUUUCGAGUGACGAAAGAACAUAAUUCGUUUGUAUAGUGUCGAAAGAGAAUUGUGUAUGAAAUAAUUUCCAUGGAAAAAAGGUUGAAACACACACACACACACACACAGAGAGAGAGAGACGUGAAUAUAAAGACAUUGUAAUACUCAUCAAAAAUUCAAACAAACUAGCUGGCUCGUCUAUAAUUUAAACAAUGAGUAAUCUGGAAAUUACAUGAGUUGUAUAUCACUUACGGAUUUCAAGUAAUAGCCUUGAUAACGCGUAUAAACAAAGAAUUCUGUAAAAUGGAUGAUAAUGAUAACAUAAUCGAUUUUCAAAAGAUGAACUUUUCGCCGUUCACAACGCAGUUCAAUUGUUUGCCAGCCAAUUCUCUGCAUCAGUUUACGACCGCAAAGUUUGCACAGAAUUUGACCACUUCAAAUGGUCAAGUUGUGAGUUUGGUGUCGGGCUCCGAUGGAAAUGUGCAGUUUGUCCGCUCUGUGGAUGGUGCGGCAGCCGCUAAUUUUCCUACACAAAUCCAACAAAGUGCCCCGACAAACAUUUCACAUGCACAAACAUUCAUUCUGCCGAUUACGAUGCCGGGCGAAAAACCAGGCGAUGCACAGCAAACCGUUCAAAUUCAGGUGUUGAACCCGAAUCAAAUUCAAGCCGCACCAAAAUAUCAGAAUAUUCCGAUGUCGUUGCCGAUUCAAGGAUUUCCACAGCAACACACGGUGCUCACCGUGUCGAUGCCGCCUGACAGUGAAAUGCUUCCAAAUCACGGUUUACCCGAAGGUGUCACAGUAUUAGCAGCCAUUCAGCCGCAAGAUUUACAAUUAUUCGCUCAAACGCCACCGCAUAUGCAACAAACAAACACCGAUGGAACCAGCAUCCAAAUGACCACGGACGGUAACAUGAACAAUUCGGUGAAGGAUGAAAAUGAAAAUCCUGCAAUGAAUCCAAUAACCAUCAAACAAGAGCCAUUCUGGGCGCAGAAUACAAUCGCAACACAACAAAAUGAUAUAAGUGACUUCAUUGCACGUCAAGGAAUCUCAAUCAAUUUGCAACCAUACUUAAAAUUUGACAAUGACAAUAUGCAGAUCAAGCGAGGUGAUACAAUAACAACGGAUGGUAUUGUUAUUAAGCAGGAUCCGGGAUUGAUUGAAAUCGAUGAGAUCAGCAAGCAUAAAUUGAUUGAAUCGAUUCAAGAGCAAGCACAUCAAGUAUUAUCACAAGUUCAAUCUCAGCAACAACAGCCGCAACAAUUGCAAUCGACUGAUUUGCAGCAACGACAACAGCAAACGGAACAAACGACCGAAACAAAAGUCGAGGUUGACGCAAACGGCAAAGUGAAAAAGAAGCGAAAAUAUAAGAAGAAGCCGCCCAAGCCGAAGCCACCGAAACCAGGCCAAGUGCAUAUAGCGACAGCACUCGAUGGUACCAUCCUCUUCUGUUGCCCCGAAUGUCAAAUGGCCUAUGCGGAAAAAACUGAUCUCGAACAGCAUUUAACUGUACAUAAAAUUGAACGACGCUACAUUUGCGAUAUCUGCGGAGCAGGUCUGAAGCGAAAAGAGCAUCUGGAACGACACAAACUUGGCCACAGUCCGGAGCGACCGCACAUAUGUAGCGUGUGCAAAAAGGGCUUCAAGAGGAAAGAACAUCUAAACCUGCAUUUUGUUAUUCACAGUGGCGAUAAAACUGAGAUUUGCGGUGAGUGUGGAAAAGGCUUCUAUCGAAAGGAUCAUUUGCGCAAGCACACCAAGUCUCAUGCAUCGAAGCGACUUAAGGAAGAAUUGAAUGCACAGGCUCAAGCACAGAAAGCGGCAGCCAAUGGAAAUGCGAAUGCAAACACGAACAAAGCGGCGAAUGUUUCAAUGGCCAAUUUAACGUCGAUUUCAUUGGGAACCGUCACUUCGAACACAAUCGAUACGAGUGCAAUAAAAACGGAGCUAACGACAACCGACUGCUCCGCCGAUGACUUACUGCAACAGUUUCAGACACAGCAACAGGUGCUUCAGCUGCAAGGCGACUGCCAAAAUAUUGUCCUACACGUACCCACGGGCGUAGAUAAUACAACGUUGCCCGUUCAAAUAAAACUACCGCAGCUGCUAACAACAAGUUCUGCCGAUGGUACUACGAAUACGGUUGUUUUGCAGCCGAAUGCAAUUUCUACCGCUAAUUUAAGCAAUAAUAAUUUUAAUAGUCAUUCAACGUUAUCAACCACCUCAUUGCUACCAUGACAAAAGCCGCAACCGACCAUUCUUAUAGGUAAAUCACAAAUAGCACACGAACUCAGUCGGAAACAGAAGAUCAUCAUUUAGACAAUGAAACAUGGAGAGAGAGGAUUGUACGCUUUCGUUGUAUUGCGAUUCACUCUUUUUCAUGCAAUUAAAAAAAAUGAAAUACUCAUUUAAAACGGAAUUAGCAACAGCAAAAGGCUUCACAAAUGAUUUCAUCAAACAGAUUACUUAUGUAGCGACCUAAGCAAACGAGCGCACGUAAUUGUUUCAUUUUAUGUUGUAUAUUCUCGAUGAAUGUUGCUUAAAAUCAUCGCUCGAGUUGCACGUUUAUCUAUUAAACUUUUUAGAACAAUUUAUUCGAGAGUUUAAUUCAUCGAUUUGUACCUCCAAAAUUUUCCUUUUCUUAUUAGUUUAAGACAAUGUUUUAUUUAUUACUUUUGUUUAUUCAAAACAAUCACGACAUUCUGCCCAAUAUGUAACUCCUGAAAGACAUUUUUUUCUUUACCUUUUGUAUAUAUCAAUCAUUUUUUUUUACUUUUAAAAUGAAAAGAUUUUAUUUCAUUUAAUGUAGUAUUAGGUAUAAUGGAAACUGUUACGACGUAUUGAAGAUGAGAUAGAGCAUCAAAUUUGGAUUCGAAUCAGAGAACGUUAGAACCAAUAUUUUUUUACGUUUUACUAGAGAAUAGAUAAACACCUGUACGAUAAGCUUAGGUUGGAUUUGAAAUGAAAGGAAGAAAGAAAAAAUUGUUCAGUGAACAUAGGCAAAAUACAUGUAUGUAGUCCGAAAUUGGCUGGCUGAUAUGAACAUAUAACAACACUUGAACUCUUGACACAGAGGUUGUAAUGAUUUUUGUAUAGAAACACAAACUAUUUAAAAGUAUUUGGUGAGCGAAAGAUUCAGCGAAAAUGGUGAAACAAUGAUUCGUUGAACCAUUUCAAAUGUAUGCUUUGGUUCACACAUUCAAAAAGAUCAUGUCAAAUCAUACCAACGAUCAUAAAUAUUUUUUUAUAACAAUUUUUUUCACAAAUGUUUGAAGAAGGACAGAAAAAGAGAUACGAUUUUUAAAAAAAUAAAUCAUGAUUCAUAAGCAUUUAAAA